AUGACUUCGAAACUUGUAGUAAUUUGUUUACUCCUAACGUUUGCUGCUAGCCUGGUACACGCGCGAGGAAACAUCGCCCUUGGGAACGCAUCAAGCGCAGAUUUAAUUUUCCAUGAGAUUUACGAAAGAUACUCAUUCCCGUUAUUAAAGAGAAACGAUGAUGUGAAAGUCACUGCUCAAGGUAGAGAGAGGAUAAAAGCCAUAAGAGUCAGUGAUUUGAAUGGGAAUGGAAAGAGUUAUAUAAUAGAAGGUGGUAUCGGCAGUCAAAGUGUUACUAUACGGCUGGAGAGCAACCGCGGUGAAGGUUAUAAGUUUUUGGUUGAAGUUUAUGCUAGAUAA